GGGGGUCAGAUCCCACAGCAUUUUACUCCCAGUUAACGCCAUAACCUGCUUAUAAAUUGAGAGAACAGUGAACCAGGAGGCCCAGGCCUGAAGAGAAAUCCAAAGCGUGGUGAUUUGGACUCUGGUGUUUUUUUUCACUGUGGUUUGUAAUUUAGAUUGUCACCACAAGAAUCUGGAUUCGGGUCUUUUCUAAGUAGCAAAUAAUAUUUUUUUGUUUGAACGACAUCUACAAGUGGGUGUUGCUUCUUUGGAUUGGCUAUUUUUCUCAUUUCUCUCCUGGUUAUCUGAGCUCCAUCAAAUCUGAACACACACUGUACACACAGAGGUACCGCCAAGUUAGUUUCAAUCUCCCAAAAACAUGACACUGUUUCCCUCACUUUCCGCUCACAUUUGACUUAUUUUACAUUCUUAAAGGUUUUACAUCAAGGCAUUAGGGCUCACUCUUCAAGGUGUGAUUGGCUUGUCCUGGCCCCAGAACCCUAAAAGUUCAGGAUACUAAAUCUGGAGGCCUGUGAAAAGCAGUGGGCGGGACUUAUCUGUCCCGUUUAAAGUGAGUCUGGACCUUGUCUUGAUGUCUAGUCUCUCUGUUGGGGUGCACACGGAUUGACCACUCCUUUGGGCUUUUCUGUUUUCCUUGGAUAUUUAGGGGGGGGAAGCUAAUCCACAAACAUGACCGACGCGCAGCAAGAGGCCCGCUCCUACCUGAGCGAGGAAAUGCUGGCUGAGUUCAAAGCCGCCUUCGACAUGUUCGACACUGACGGUGGCGGUGAUAUUAGCACCAAGGAGUUGGGUACCGUGAUGAGGAUGCUGGGCCAGAACCCGACAAGAGAGGAGUUGGAUGAAAUCAUCGAGGAGGUCGAUGAGGACGGCAGCGGUACCAUCGACUUUGAGGAGUUCUUGGUCAUGAUGGUGAGGCUGCUCAAGGAGGACCAGGCCGGCAAGAGCGAGGAAGAGUUGGCAGAGUGCUUCCGUGUGUUCGACAAGAACGCUGACGGCUACAUCGACAGGGAUGAGUUCGCCCAGAUCAUCCGCAGCUCCGGUGAGUCCAUCUCAGAGGAGGAGAUUGACGAGCUGCUGAAGGAUGGAGACAAGAACGCCGACGGCAUGCUGGACUUUGACGAAUUCCUCAAGAUGAUGGAGAAUGUGCAGUAAAGAACAAAGACUUAUGGGACAUUCCUCCACCCUCAUGUGAACCCCCUUUCUGAGUCCAUCUGCACCACCUCUGCCCCCUCCUUCAGCCAAACCUCCCACCACUCCUCUCCCUCUGUCCACCCGGUUCACCACUUCUCUUCUCCACCCUUGUAGACACCCUCCACAGACAGCUAGGACACCCAGUGGGGGUCACUGGGCUGCUCAUCCCCGUCCACUGACACGCUCCUGUGGCAGGAAGGCAAGACUGCAGUGUCCCAAUCCACUGCACACCUUCUGCAGUAUGCAUGUUUUAGGUGACCCCCCCCCCCCCCCCCCCCAGACCGCCUUUCUGCUGGAAAAGCUCUGAUCUAGACACAGUCUGGAUAGAAGGGCAGCCUGUUACCUGCUGCUUAGACCAAUUCAUUCAAAACUUCACUGUACAAAGAAGUAAAUUGCUUGAACGGAAUAAAUGAGCUAAGACAUGCUCUCUAGUAGUUGGUCUGUCAUAUUUAUGGCCUGUGUAAAACAAAAUGUUUUGAGGAAUUUAAAUAAAAUCUGUUUGUUUCUUCUUUUUGUCCAUUUUGUAUAAAGCCACAGCCAGUUUUACUUCUGUUUAUCAGAAAGAUCCCACCAUCUUUAAAGUGGCAAUUUUUACAUUUAGGGUAAUGAAUUAGUUUAUCCAUGUUCUUUGUUCCUGGCUGUAAACAUGAAGAAAAAUUGAUUUAUUUACAAAAUUCUGCCUUUAGACAGUUAUGGAUUCUUGUUUAAUGUUUCAUAAAGAAAAUCAUUCUCUUUUUUCUUGAAUCCAUUGUAAUAAAAGAAAACUUUUGCUUAGAAAAAGACUAAAGACCAUAAACUGUUUGUAAUGCAAAAGGGAAAUGUGGCUAAAACUAUUCCGUCAAACCGUCUUAUAUCAGUAUUUUAAAAGUGGUUAUUCCAAGUAGACGGUGCAGCUGUAGCUACACAUCCAAUACUAAUGUGGACUGAAGAUGUUUUGUGCUGGCCAUUAAAGCACAGUAAGGCAAUUUAUUUAUUUUCAACUAUUUUGUGCGUAUGAAAUAUGAAGGUUAAUAUGUUUAGAAAAUGAAUUGUGUCCUACUGGUACUGUGCAGCACAAAAAAACCCUCAAAAGGACGAUUAAAAACAAGUUUAGGUUUAUUCAUAGAAUCCAAGACAAACGUGAGUCGAGUGUGUGAAUAACUAAGAGUGAGACUAGUAGCGAGAACAUUAAACAUCCAAAAAAAAACUGAACCACAAAACCGGCCCUGAUAUCCCCAAAGCGGCCUGUGGCGCUUCUGGGGCAGCUGACACCGGAAGAGACAUUUCCUACAGUCCCAGUACGAGUUUAUGAGCCAUAAUUGGCCUCAUCAAAAGCUUUCCGGGCUCUCUUCAGCUCUUCGUUCAUGGUCAGCAGGUCUUUGACUCUGGCAAACUUCCUGGGGUCUUUGCGAAUGAGGAAGACGAUGUCCUCCACCUGGACGCGGCCCUGGCGUCCAAUGGACAUGGCUUUGUGGGUCAUUUCCGUGAUGAAUUCGAUGACCAGGUCCUCCAGGAUGUCCACGGACUCCGUGUACGGGUUCUGGUCGUCGCCAAACCCAUACAUCAUACACCGGAGCUCCUUGGAGAAGAGCCUUUUCCUCCUCCCGUGGCCGACGUCCACUCCACUGGUGCCGUCGUCCAGCUCCUCGUCGAAGCCGGUCUCGUCCUCUUCUUCCGCCAUUUUGCUGCACAAAGGCUAACGACAAAAGCGAACAGGGCUUGUUGUGGUUGUGCGCUUGGUUUCUUCUUCGUUGGUUUUUGAGGUAAAUAUUGAGAGUGGCGGCUGACCACUGCCCCUGCUGGUGGCUCAGUUUGCACCAAGUAAGCUAGUAUGCAUCGAUGUUUAUAAACGUGACAUGCAGUCAGUUGAGUUAUAUAGACGUGUAUAUCAGUAGGAAGUAUUUCUGGGUUUGUGGUGUGAUGGCCGACGAUUGACAUUGAGGUCAUGGAGGUUUAAGGCCCGUCCGAGCAGCUGGAGCCCCGAAAAACUCUGCCAGCUAACGACCAAAGAGCCCCCAGCCACAGAUUAAUCCCCUGCAGGAGAUGGGGUCGUCUUCGUAGCUGUGUGUGUUGGACCGGCUGGUCCAGGCGGCCCUGAAUGGCGUGUCCGGUUCAGUUCCUCUGCCGGGGGCUUCGCACCGUUGGCCUGGUUCUGCUCUACUAUGUCUUCUCCAUAGGGAUCACAUUUUAUAACAAAUGGCUGAUGAAGGGUUUCCAUUAUCCCCUCUUCAUGACCCUGGUGCAUCUCACCAUCAUCUUCUCCCUGUCGGCUUUGACCCGGUGGGUCUACACGGCCGUCUGCGGAGCAGGAAAACCCCGUGUGGUCCUGAGCUGGAGAGACUACCUCUUUAAAGUGGCUCCCACUGCCUUAGCGACAGCUCUGGAUAUUGGACUUUCCAAUUGGAGCUUCCUCUUCAUCACAAUUAGCUUGUACACCAUGACCAAGUCUUCAGCAGUGCUGUUUAUCCUCUUUUUCUCUCUAGUGUUCAAACUGGAGGAGCCGAAUCCUUACCUGAUCGUGGUGGUGCUGCUGAUCUCCUGCGGCCUCUUUAUGUUUACGUUCGAGUCGACCCAGUUUAACCUGGAGGGCUUCAUCAUGGUGCUGCUGGCCUCUUUCCUCGGGGGAAUCCGCUGGACCCUCACUCAGGUCCUCAUGCAGAAAGCAGAGCUGGGCCUUCAGAACCCAAUAGACGCCAUGUACCACCUUCAGCCGCUCAUGUUCCUCGGCCUCUUCCCCCUCUUCCUCUACAAUGAAGCUCUGAGCCUCGGCACAUCGGAGAAGUUAUUCCGGGUGACCGAGCUCUCCUCCCUCCUGUACUCGCUCUUCACGCUGGGCAUCGGGGGCUCGCUCGCCUUCGGUUUGGGCUUCUCCGAGUUCCUGCUCGUCUCCCGGACCUCCAGCCUGACGUUGUCCAUAUCGGGGAUCUUUAAGGAGGUGUGUACUCUGCUUCUGGCUGCAUCUCUGAUGGGAGACAAACUGACCGCCGUUAACUGGCUGGGCUUCGUUGUGUGUCUGUGUGGCAUUUCAUUACACGUGGGCCUGAAGACCUAUUAUUCCAAAAAGCGCGUGAGCCACCUGGUGGCCUCUGACCCCUGCAGGUAUCGCUCCGCGGCCCGAAAAGAUUUCCCGGAGCCCUCCCUGAACACCACGCCCAUGUCGGGGCAGAAGGAGGACAUUUGGUCUCGAAUUCCACCCCCUCCAGAUACAAGCCCACGAGAAGAAAAGAGCCCGUGGCCUCAGGCGCCUCUCAUGUCUCCUAAUCAUUUUGCCACAUUAUGCUCACCUUCCUGGGGAAUGCUGUGCUUCCUGCUCAGUGUCCUCCUGCUCCGGUCCUCGGGGGUCCGCGGCCAAGGUCGCCUGAAGCUGACGGUUCUGUCUGAGGACAGACUUCAGAUGAAGUGGAGGGAGGCUGACGGUCCCAUUCAGGGCUAUAAAGUCCGAGUGAGACCGAUUUCAGAAGUGCCGCAACCGGAGCUAAUGCUGACCACCACCAGGGGCAGGGCGACGGUGGCCGGACUGGACUCCAGUCAGGAGUAUUCACUCCAAGUCCUCGUACUCAACGGCACAACAGAGAAACUUCUGGCAAAGAGACGAUUCACCACUACCAAGUCCAGGCAAUUCUUCCUCCUGAAAAAUGUCACCUUCCAUUUGCCGCUGUUCACCUUGUCUCUGGACUCCAGGCAAGGAUUUGCAAACGCCACCUGUGAGAUGAGCUAUGAGGAGGAGACGAUCCGCAGCGGCAGCCGCGAGCAGAAGAAGAAGCUGCUGCCCGGAGGGUCGGGCUCCGGGGAUCUGGACGAGGCAGCAGAUGUCCUGUUGGGUCGGCCAACCGUUCUGUACCCGGACUCCACCACCCCAACGGCGGCUGCCGCCCCAGACACAGAGCCCUCAACAACAGGAACGCCGUAUAAAGUCACAGAUGAGGCCUCGGAGAAAACCACCAAAGAGAAGAAGAAGAGAAAAAAGGACAAAGAAAGGCACCGUUCCACGGUGGAGAAUAAGGAGGAGCAGGGGACGAAACAGGGCAAAGUCACAGAGGAAAAAGCCCGGAAGACAUCCCUCCCAACACAGCCUGUAACAGGGCCGUCUCCAAGGAAACCAUACCAGUGCAGCAGCGACGCAGCAGCCGACAUCGUGCUGUUGGUGGACGGCUCCUGGAGCAUCGGACGCACCAACUUCAGGCGGGUCAGAGACUUCUUGGAAGGGCUGGUUACGCCUUUCCAUAUUGGGCCGGCCCACAUUCAGAUUGCUUUGACCCAGUACAGCGGAGACCCUCGCACUGAGUGGCAGCUCAACAGCUUCACCACUAAAGACCAGAUUUUGGAGGCGGUGAGAAAUUUUAGGUAUAAAGGAGGAAACACGUUUACAGGACAGGCCCUGCUCCACGUCAUGGAGGAGAACAUGAGGCCGGAGGCGGGCGCCAGAUCGGACACGCCGUUUUUCCUGGUGCUGCUGACCGACGGGAAAUCUCAGGAUGACGCCAUUGCAGCGGGAAACCGGCUGAAGAAUUCAGGCGUGGAAAUCAUCGCUGUAGGGGUGAAGAACGCAGAUGAAGCCGAGCUGAGACAGGUGGCUUCGGAGCCCGUGGAUGUGAACGUCUACAACGUGAAUGACUUUCCUCUGCUCAGCAAGCUGGUGGCACGACUGGUCCACAUCCUGUGUAGGAGGAUAGAAGACCGCGGCAUCUCAAAACGAAUGGAGCCUGGUCCCACAGCAGACCCAGCCCUCUCCUACCCAAGUCCAACUGAUCUCCGCUUUUCUGACCUGGGAUCCAGAGAGGUGCAGCUGCACUGGAUCAACCCGUCCGAGCCCGUCCAGCAGUACAGGGUGGUGUACCACAGUGCCGAGGGCCAGAGUCCCCAUGAGGUGGUGGUGUCCGGCUCUGAAUCAACGGUGCUGCUUGAUGGCCUCUCGUCUCAGACGCUCUACCACAUCUCCAUCUUUCCGGUGUAUGCAGACAACGUCGGCCUGGCGCUCAGAGGAACCGUCACCACCUUGGCACUGGCCAUGCCGACCGACUUGGAGGUGACUCCCUCCUCCUACAGCACGCUGCGAGUGAGCUGGAGCCCAGCGGCUGGCGCCACCCAGUACAUGAUCCUGUACUCAGCACUCAGCCACGGAGAGCCCGACGACGCAAAGGAGGAGAAGUUCAGGGCGGAUCAGACUGUGGUGGAGCUGGCCGGGUUACUGCCGGCAACAGACUACUCCGUCACACUUUACGCGCUCUAUGACGAAGAUCCAAGUGAUCCCGUCACUUCUGUUGCCACCACAUUCCCUCUCCCAGCACCAGUCAGUGUUCAGUUCCCUCUGGUCGCCCACAGUACGCUGAGGGUGAGCUGGGUGCCUGGUGCUGUGGAUGUCCCGGCCCACAGGGUCACGUACAGCACCAACCACGGCAGUGACACCAAGCAGGUGGAGGUGACGGGGCUGAACUCUGUGCUGGUGCAGAACCUCUCAUCUCUGUCCAGAUACCUGGUGUCUGUCCAGUCUCACUACCCACAGGGACUGUCAGCGGCUGUCACCAGCAACGUCACCACCUGUGAGACACUCGGCAUGAAAGUGCCUUCGCCCUCCGACCUGAGGGUGACCAAUUUCUCAGGCAGUGACAUCACGGUGCGCUGGGAGGCUGCGGCAGACGAUGUUGUUUCUUACCUCAUAAAGUGGAUUUCUUUAAGUGGAGGAGACCUGAGACAGUUGCGCGUGAAUGGAGACAGUGAAGGAGUUAUUCUGGAGGGGGUAGAGGAUGAUAAAGAAUACCAGAUCUCUCUGUCUGCCCUCUAUGGAGACGGGGCUCAGAGUGAAGCUGUGGCCAUUCGCUACAGCACCCUGGCGGGUGGAGGCCCCUCCGGCGUGACGGUGUCUGAGGAGACGGCAGUCAGCCUGUUGGUCAGCUGGGUGCCCCCCAACGCGCACGUGCUGCAUUACCGCGUCACGUACACGGCGCUGACCGGAGCCGAGACUCAGGACGGCACCGUGCUGGUCCCAGGUGCUGAUAAGCAGGUGCUUCUUGAGUCUUUGCAGCCAGACACGCGUUACAGCAUCUUGGUCACCGCAGAGUAUCGCAACACAGAGGGAGGCAGCGGCUCAGCACAAGGAAAAACUGACCACUCCAGCAUCUGUGUGUCCUGGAGGCCGGUGUCUGCUGUCCACGGGUACCGGAUCGUCAUCCAGUCGGUUAAAGACAAGCAGGCGAAGCAGGAAGUGGUGGACGAGUCCAGCAGCAGCCACUGCUUCUCGGACCUGGAGCCUGAGACUCUGUAUCGCAUAAGCGUGCACUCGUUACUCGGCUCAGUGGAGGCCGCCGCCGUCUCCAUCCUCCAUCCAACAGCCACAGCUCCUGCCAGAAUUCCCAUCCAUCCCCGGCUGCACCCGAUCCACAACGAAGUCUGUCCUGAAGUCACCAUCAGAAACAGCAUCGUUAAAGGGUUCGACAUGAUGGAGGCGUUCGGCCUGACGCGGAGGGCCCACUCCUCGGUGGAGGGCGUGGCCGCGGAGCCUUUCGUCUUUAACACCCUCCCCACCUACACUCUGUACAGAGAUGUCCAGCUGACCCAGAACACCAGGUUCAUUCACCCUGCAGGUUUCUCCUCAGAGCACACCAUCAGCAUUGCCUUCCGCCUGCUGCAGGACACUCAGAAGCAGCCCUUCGCUCUUUGGCAGCUCACCGAUAACGAUUUCCAACCGAAGAUGGGAGUGGUGCUUGACCCAUCUACCAAACACCUGCUGUACUUCAGUCUGGACUACAGGGGAGAGGUCCACCUGUCUGUGAGCCAGGUGAGCGUCUCCCUGUCUGUGGACUGUCAGCACGUGGGCGAGAGGCCCGCCCGGCCUCUUGGCAUUCUGCCCACCGACGGCUUCGAGAUGCUGGGAAAGCUUACCAAGACCCGAGGUCCAAACAGUGGAUCAGCCGCAUUCCAGCUGCAGUCCUUUGAGAUGGUCUGUAACACCACGUGGGCCUCGGAGGACACCUGCUGCGACCUGCCUGGAGUGGGGAAACCAGGUCCUCGAGGUGAGAAAGGAGAGAAGGGGGAGCUAGGCCAAAAGGGUGAGGUGGGUCCACCUGGAAGGCCUGGAUUUGAGGGAGGCCUGGGCCCGGUGGGCAGCGUAGGGCCUCGAGGCAUCACCGUGCAGGGCAAAACGGUGGUUACACUCUCUGCCUUACACUGCAUUUGCAUGGUCCACCAGGAGCCAGGGGAGAAAAGGGAGAGCCUGGGCGGCCUGGAGGACAGGGUUUACAAGGACCCCCAGGCCCAAAAGGAGAAGAGGGGAUCCCAGGACCCAAGGGCAUCAGGGGUGUGGAGGGAAACAUCGGUGCUCCCGGCCUCACCGGACCCCGGGAUCAAUCUUUGGCACCAAGGAAUGCCGGGACACCCCGGGCCCAUCGGGGAUAGGGGCCCUUCCGGACCUAUGGGACCUACGGGCCUGCCAGGAAAUAAAGGGGAGCGAGGAGAGAAGGGGGAACCUCAGUCAAUGGCCAUGAUCUAUCAACUGGUGACGCAGGCCUGUGAGCAGCUAGUGCACAAGGAGGUGCUGAAACUCGACAUGUACAUCAACGAGAUUGGUCGUAAACCAGCUCCUAUCGAGGAGCCCGUCGGGCCCCCGGGGGAACCAGGUAUACCGGGGUCCAGGGGCCCACCCGGUGGAAGAGGCACUCAGGGGGACACUGGCACCAGAGGGAAGCCUGGCAGGCCUGGUUAUCCAGGAGAACAGGGUCCUCCAGGCGAGUCCAAGCUGGGAGACCCAGGCCCCAAAGGAGACGAGGGCAGACCGGGCCCACCGGGGAUCCCCGGACCUCCGGGCCAGCCGGGCGAGAUCGGCCCACCGGGCGUGUGCGACAGCAGUGGAGGCUGCCAAAACGUUCCUCAGCAAACCGUCCACAUUCAGAGGCCCAGCAGCCGGACGCGGCCGAACAUCUGUGAGGACGGCGCCCGCCUCCUCUGGAGGAGGAAAACCAGGAAGGGCAUCCCAGAAGAAACUAGACAUGAGGAAUGA